AUGCAUUCUGUCGCAUCAUCAAAGACCUCUGGUUCACAUCCUAAGUGUCCGACUGUCCAAGUCGAGUUUGGAAGUCAGAAGGUCGAUGUACCCAAGGGCGGUUACUACGACCGUUAUCGUAUGAACCCGAACCUAGACGAGGUAGCCCGCGACCCAGCCGUUGGACCCGACAUCGAUUUCUUCCGGAAAAUCCCAAAGAGCCUGGUCGAUUCGAGAGUGGGUCAGAUUUAUGCUCCUAACUUCUAUUAUCGCACCAAGAGUGUCCAGCUUGUCCUUCUCGCGCCCCUUGAGAGCUUAAGGUCGAAGCUUCCAGCGCCUUUAGAGCCUAUCACGGCAUUUCCUGGCUAUGGCUUGGUUGCGUUGACGUUUUACUCGUACCUCGUUUGCGACAACGAUCCUUACAAUGAGGUAUCGAUCGCCAUUAUCGUCCGCCAGCCGGGUAAAGGUAGCUACAGUACGACACAACUGCUUAGCUCUAUAUGGAACCGAACCUUCUAUGGGUAUGUGUUGGCGCUGCCUGUCGAUACUGAGAUCGCUCGAGUCCGCGGUGUAUACGGAUACCAACUCCCCAAAUGGCUCGCCCAUAUCAAUUUGGAGAUGGACGAACACAAUAUUAAAGCCGGUGUCACCGCGACUGACGGAAAGCCCGAUCUGACGUUAGAAGUACCACUUCCAGCCCUGAAAAACAUCCCGUCGCAAUCCUCGAUCGGCAUCAACAACGCGAUCAACGAGAUCGAUGGGAAAUGGCACCAGGUAACAGUUCAGACGAACCCACUCCUGGGGUCACAGCGUCUUCUACCUGGCGACGUCAAGCUCUCUCGGGGCCAAGGUCCACUCAGCAAACUUCUUGGCGAAUUGAGCGUCUCGACCAUCCUGCGAAUGGACGUUCUCAAGGAUGCACAGAUGAUCUUGAACAUGCCCACACCCUUAAAGGCGUUUGAUAAUAUCAAGCUGUGA